UCUGUGGGAGGCGGGCUGUCCUAUGGCUGCGGUCAACAUCUGGAAGAAGUUACUCACGCUGUUGCUUACCUUGGAAAGUAUACCGGAGUACAACUGCAAUUUCAAAAUGUCUUUUGUAAAAAUUGACGAAAAGUCCGACUUCUCCUAUCACAAUUUACCAUAUGGCGUGUUCUCGACACCGGAAAAUCCCAGGCACCGGAUUGGGGUUGCGAUUGGAGAUCAGAUUUUGGAUUUGAGCGUUAUAAAAUCACUCUUCAGAGGCCCUGUGCUCUCCAAUCACCAGGAUGUGUUUGACCAGCCGACCCUGAAUGCGUUCAUGGGUCUGGGGUACGAGGCAUGGAGGGAGGCCAGGAGGAGUCUACAGCAGCUGCUGUCUGCCAACGAGACCACGCUCAGAGACGACGUCAGCCUCAGGAGCAGAGGGUUCUUCCAUAAGAGUUCAGCCAUCAUGCAUCUGCCUGCUGAGAUAGGUGACUACACUGACUUCUACUCAUCCAGGGACCAUGCCACCAAUGUUGGCAUUAUGUUCCGAGGGAAGGAGAAUGCCCUGAUGCCCAACUGGUUGAGGCUGCCCGUGGGGUAUCAUGGCAGGGCCUCUUCCAUAGUGGUGUCUGGGACCCCCAUACGCAGACCCUCUGGACAGAUGAGACCCGACCAAUCUAAGCCUCCUGUGUUUGGCCAGUCCAAGCAGCUGGACAUUGAGCUGGAGAUGGCAUUCUUUGUAGGUGGAGGUAAUCGUCUUGGUGAGCCCAUUCCCAUAGAGAGAGCCCACCAACACAUCUUUGGCAUGGUGCUAAUGAAUGACUGGAGUGCCAGGGAUAUCCAGGCGUGGGAGUACGUUCCUCUGGGUCCGUUUCUGGGGAAGAACUUUGGGACAACCAUCUCACCCUGGGUGGUUCCUAUGGAGGCCCUGCUGCCCUUCGCUGAGCCCAACACUGUCCAGGAUCCAAAGCCCCUCCCUUAUCUAUGCCAUGACGAUGCCUUCACCUUCAACAUUAACUUAUUUGUGUCAGUGAAGGUAU